AACAUUAAUAUGACCACUGACUUUUUCUGGGGGGGCAGCAAUUUUCUAGGGGUGGCCAUGGCCACCCCUUGGGGGCGCCCUUGGCAGGACGUGUUAGUAAAAAUACUUUUAUGACAAUCGUUUUUUAUAGCAUAUUAUUUUUGAUUGCAGCGAUAUAGAAGGUUAGACAACUUUCUAAUCCUCCCGGUCUUGAUCUAAUAUUCCACUUGUUCCGCGUUCUGCUGUUGUCACGCGUGUGGGUGUGGGAGUUUCACGUGUUGUCAACCCUCAAGAAAGUCGUCUGGCAGGUUUGCCAGAUCGACUAGGUUUCUGAACGAUCAUAGCUGAAAGGCUCCGAAAAGCCCCGUUUUCAUUUUAACAUUUAUACGAACAUUUAUCCACUUUUUAUUUUCACUGAGACGAUCUAAGUGGAGGGAGAAGCAGCGUGCCUGAUGAAUCUGGGUGAAGAAGUGUGCGUUUGGCACCACAGAGGACGAGGAAGUGAAGCGGAACAGUCAUCUCGUGUAUUUUUGGAUCGAGACAGCAAAAUACGUUUUUUGGUCUUUAGAGACCAAAAGGUCAAACAUUUCAAACUAUUGCUGGCUCUUAUGAGCGCACAUCAUGCACCUUCUAGGUCGUGUGGCGCAGGUGCUGUGGCGCUGCGCAGGACUGCUGCUCAGCUCUCUCUGUUUGUGCGCAGCUUUGGAACCAGGCUGUGUCCUCGGCAUAGUAGGACGUCCGGUGAUCCUGCCCUGCGUCUCCUCCGUGCUGCUCACUGGGAAUUUUUCCAUCGAGUGGAGGAAAGAUGACAAAGUGGUGUUCAAAACAGCGUGGGAAACAAAUGAGAACCUGGGGACAUGGAGCACAGAUCCGGCAACAAUCCCCACUGAUGCUGCGCUGACAGGAGAUUUCUCUCUGGAGCUGUCAGCUGUGCAUCCCAGAGAUGACCGGACACAUUUCAGCCUUUGCUUUUUAUCAGGAAAGAAUCCAAGUGUCCAACUGUGUAGUGUGUGCCUCAGGGUGGCAGCCAGUUUCAGUGACCCCCUGUUGAAGAGGAAACACACAGCAGACGGUGAUGAAACAACCUUCCAGUGUCACUCUGCAGGUGGAUACCCUCAGCCUGAACUCUCCUGGCUCAUCGACAACACCCAGGAGCCUCCCGAGGGCUCAGUAAGGACCCAAACAGACACACUCCCCGAUGGUCAUCUCUACAACAUCACAAGCAGGCUGACCAUCUCCUUGCCCAAAGAUGUCAGCGUGACAUGCAUCGUAGAGAAUCUGUCCAUGAAUGAGACCUUGAGGUCCACGUAUAAACCUAACGGUGGUCCAGUGGGGAGACGAGCAUCAGAGGGCAUGUGGGUCUUCAGCACAGCCCUGUGUGUGGUGGUGGGACUCAUGGUGAUAGCAGGCAUGGCAUAUCAGAUCCACCUGGACAGGUUACAUAAGAGGAGGAAGCAGGAACAUAGAGAAGAAGAGAGAGGAUACAAAAGAGGACGUCGGUACAGGGAGGAGACUGAAGCCAUGACAGAGUCAAAGCAGACGGAUGUUUGACAGAAAGAGAACUGACGGUUACUUUAUGCAGUAAAUCUGAAAGGCACUGAAAUGUUACUGUUCGUCUGCACCAGGCGUAUUCUGUUCCUGCGUUAGGAUUUAAACACUGCAAGGACCAAAGAGCCAUAACAUUAAGACCACUGUGAUCUAGCAGCACUACUCAUUGGUUCUGUUGGGAUUUGGCAGUCACAUGACUGUUCAGCUGCAGCCCCUAAAGCAGCGGACCAGACCGAGGAGUUCACCUGAUUCCAGUCAGCUCCACCAAGUCUCCAAAGUUCCUCAUGUUCUCGUAAUGUCUACGGGGGCAGAGGAGGGACAUACUCAAAAGGGUGGUCCUAAUAUUAUGGCUGAUC